AUCAACCUCAGACGUUGGCAUCACCUCACUCGCAAGACUGUACUCGUUGAUACCGUUGAAUACAAUCCUGUCAUCUUAUCGACCUUGAUUCUGGGACACUGUGUCCGGCAAUACUCUUUCAUCUCCCCACAGGACGCCUCUUCCCCGCCCCUUGCUCCAGUCGAAACCAUGUCCAAAACAGUACAGAUUCAAUCGACCACCCAAUUUUCUAACCUCCUCUCCUCCUCCUCCAUUGUCGUCGCCGACUUUUAUGCCGACUGGUGUGGACCAUGCAAGCAGAUUGCCCCCAUCUACGAGCAACUCUCGGCUCAACUCUCCAAGCCAAACAAAAUCACCUUCGUCAAGAUUGACGUGGACCGACAACAAGACCUCGCUCGGUCGUAUAACAUCCGGGCCAUGCCCACGUUCAUCGUCUUCAAAAACGCGCGACAAGCCGAGUUUAUCGAAGGUGCCGAUCCUAAGAAGUUGUCCGCCGUGGUCAAGGAUCUUGCCAAUGAGGCGAAUCGGCUGAACAGCGAAGACGCCGACGGCGCAGGCCAGAGUGGUUCAAGUGGCGGCACCUGGCUUGGUGCAGAGUUGCCUCGGGGCUAUGUCGAUGUCACGAACCAAGUCGAUUUCCUGGGCUUGGAACUUUUGAAUUGGGACUCGGACCAUGGUUCUGCGCGGGGUCUGAUUAGUGGUGAUAAACCUAAAGGUCAUGAUGAUCCGAAAGAUUGGGUGGAAAGUGACACGGACGAGCAACUCAUGCUUUACAUUCCCUUCCAAUCCACAUUGAAGAUCCAGUCAAUACACCUCACGUCGCUAGCUCAAAACCCUGACGAUGAGGAGAAACCCAGCAGACCCAAGCAUGUCAAAAUCUACACCAACCGACCUCAUAUCCUUGGAUUCGAUGAAGCAGAAGAUGCACAGGCCGUCCAGGAAAUUACCCUGUCGGAAAAAGAUUGGGAUCCCAAGACCAAUACGGCAAAAUUGGACCUGCGAAUCGUCAAGUUCCAAAAUGUUUCGAGCCUGGUGCUGUUCAUUGUGGAGAGUGAAGGAGACAACGAAAAGGUGCGGAUCGAUCGGAUUAGAGUGAUUGGCGAGUCUGGCGAGAAGAGAGAUGGUAAAAUUGAGAAGAUUGCUUCAGACGAUUGAGGGCGACUAAGUGCAACGACACCAAAACUGGUUCAUGCAUCGUCCUCUAACCUGUCUGGCUCCGGCUGAAAUGAGAAUACGAGCAGAUGAUCAAUCGGCCAUGCUUCCGGCCUUGCAUUUCAUAUAGAUAUGGAUAGACGAAUGAAACAGAAACAAAUAUUUGAGGGUCCUAGUCCACCCUCUUCCUCUUCG